GGUUCAAAGAAAGGUCUGUUUCAACGUGAUUUUUUUUUAAAUAAAUACGGAGUUUUCGUUUGAUAUAAUUUACUUGGACAAACUGCUGCAACUGAUUUGUUCAGUGAUUCAUCUUUCUUCAUUUGGUCUUUCUUGAAUAACACGCAGUCAUUAUCAAGAAUGAAGUCUCUUCUUGCGGUGUGUGUGGUUGUUGCUCUAGUAGCGGGAAUAGAAGCUCGACCGCGCGGCUCAAGACCUCGUCAGCAGCGGCAGUGGAAUCCUAACCAAUGGAAUCCUAAUCAGUGGAACCCAAACCAAUGGAAUCCCAACCAGUGGAAUCCCAACCAGUGGAAUCCCAACCAGUGGAAUCCCAACCAGUGGAACCCUAACCAGUGGAACCCCGACCAAUGGAACACAGACCAAUGGGGACAGGGUCAGUAUGACGGAGACCAACAGGAUGGCAAUGAGCAACAGUUCGAGCAGCAGGAAAAUACAGAAGAGUAUCAGCAAGAGGCUCAGGAACGACAGUGGGAGAUGCAAGAACAGCAGCAGGAGAUGCAGGAGCAACAGGAAAUGCAGGAGCAGCAGGAAAUGCAGGAGCAACAGGAAAUGCAGGAGCAGCCGGAAAUGCAAGAGCAGCCGGAGCAACAGGAGAUGCAAGAGCAGCAGGAGAUGCAGGAGAUGCAAGAGCAGCAGGAGAUGCAGGAGCAACAGGACAUGGAGGAAAUGCAGGAGCAGCAGGAGUUACAGGAUGAGGAGGACCAACAAGCCGCUGCGAACCUCCAGGGACCCCAGGCUCAGACGGCCCAAGGGGGUAACACAUCCGAAGAAUCAGACGAGGACGUCGAGGUUUCUUAUAGUUCACCCAGUGAUUCCAACCUCAGUUCCGGACCAUUUAUCUAGACUCUUUCUUCUGACACGAAGAAAAAUGAAUAUAUUAAUCAUUACUUUCCGUAAAAUUAUAUAUAUAUCAAGGAAGAGGUCAACAUAAUGUAGUUUUUUAUUGUAUCAAGAUCGACUAAGAUAUUGUUAGGUCCAAGUUACCUCAAUUCAACGCCCCGUACCGGCACCUUCUACAUGUUCUAUAGUGGCUUCUCCAAUCCAGGAUAUUUUCUGUAUGAUUUCACGUACAAUCGUCACUAUUUGAGACUAAACUGACAAGAAACAGGGUGGUUGAAGCUUGUUUGCGUCCGUAACCAUGCACCAUUCUCCCAUAAAAAUGCAAUUUUACCCAAAUGGAAUGAAAAAGAAAAUAUUGAAAAGUUGAAAGAUAGAUGGAUGUAUCGAAAUAUGAAAUGAAUUUUAUACUGCCAAUUGAAAAUAAAUAAUAAAGUCUUUCAUCUUUGCA